CAGAGAAACACAAGUUUGAAAAAUAUUUAAUCAACACAAAUUCAUAGUAUUUAUGCUCACUUAUUUUUACAAACGUUUUUCCCCAAAGAAAUGUUCGUUACGUAUUAUGAAAAGGUUAUAAAUAUAAACAUUUGAUGAUUUCUUGAUUACGUGUACAACUGUGCAUGUACAACACAAUAAUUGCUUGAUAAGAAAUGUAUAUAAGUAUAUGCGUACAAAAUGAAAACAUUCUUUAUGUAUUUGUACCUGAAAGAAUCAUUUUCAGAUUUUUAAAUUGUUCUGUCUGGGUAUCAUGGAAGUUUGUUUUCAAAUCUUUAAACUGUUCUAUCUACAUGUAGGUAUCCUCGGAGUUAGAGGACUACAGUGCGACUUGGCUGGUUCCCUCCAGUGUGUGGCGACUUAUUCAUCGGUAUCCAAAUUCAAAUUUUCCUCCAACACAGAAGAUUUCCAGGGAAAUAUAACAGAUCUUGUUAGCGAUACAUGUCUGAAACUCGAAGAUCUCUAUGAAUGUGUCGGGGACAAACUUCUGGGAUGUGCACCACAGUAUCGUCUAAUUUACGAAACCACUUUGUCCUCUGGACGAUUCAUGUGUAGGAGCGGCAAACAAGGUUUCAUCGACAACUUUAGAUGCUUGGUUUCACACAAUUUGCAGAACCAUUCAAUCAGCUGUGGCGGCAAAAUUAUAACUGUUAUCAGAGAUAUAUUCUCCAAUCCAGCCACUAUUUUGCCCGAUCUAGCAUCCAGAGCAGACGAGCUCUGCAUAAGGGCAAACGAUACACUGAAAUGUGUCGUCAAGUCCACGAGCACUGGCUGCGGAACCAGUGCAGUGACCUUCAUCCAGCAAUACAUGGAGUCUUUUAUUUCUCCUCUCAAAUCUUUCUUUUCCUGUGUAGAUGAAAUGGAAGAACCAUAUUCCUACAAAACCACGACCGAAAAUGCUCCAUAUGUGGCAGACUCCAAAUAUCUUAAUGGUCAUCACGAUUCAGCAGCUUCAGCAGACACGAAAACUAAUAACCCGCCUCUGGUUGAAUCGGACCCAACCUCUGGACGUGGUAUAUCGAAACCAGAGCCAAUGGAAAAUUUUCGAAAGGCAGGCAAGACAUCAGGGAAAGUAGAUCAAGAAUCUACACAUCACUUACAAAACACAGCAAAACUCAGAAAAGUCAGACAUCGAGAGGUGGUAUCCAGAGUCCAAUCAGAAUCAGAUUUUCCUGUUAAUUUAGAUUCCAAACUUGAUAAACGCACUAAUGGGAAAUCCUCGUCAAUGCCAGGCGUGAUACAGUCUCACCUCGAUAUUUUUCCAACACCGGCCAAGACACCUGAACCACAGCAACAUCAAGAGAACUUAUCAAUCACUGAAUCAGCGUUACCAGAAACUGUUGAACCAGAACGCACUUUCCCUAAUCAGCCACAUGAUCCAAUGACAGAAGUAAAUGUUGAACCUAAACCCGAACAGCCUGAGCAACCGAACCCAGUACCUGAACCGCACGAAGAACCUACAGGUACACCCGAACUGGCACUACCUGAACCGACUCAACAAAAACCAACAUCGGACACAAUUGUUCAACACAGCUCGCGUAUCGUGUCAACUCCUCAUCCAAGACCCAAGGAAACAGUAACUCCUGAGCCAGAUGAACCUUUGCCUGAAGCAGAAGAAUACAGUCCGACUACAAGACAGAAUACACGAACCACACCCGAUCCCCGAACAACACAAUCAGCAAAUCAGAGAUCCUCAAAUUUCCCACCCAAAGAGCAUAGUACUGCGAUACCACAUACCACUCUGAUCAAAACAACGCCUCUUCCAAGUACCAGAAGUGUAGAUAACAAACACACACACAGGUGGAAUAACAGACAAACGAAUGUUAAUGAAUCUGGACCAAAAGUGAUCCGUGUACGUGUUCCUAUUCGUUUACAGACACAGUCUUUAUCAAGCACAACAACUACGAUAGCUCCAGUAGUUAUAGCCAAAAUAUCACGAACAUGUAAGAAGUACUGCUUCCGUUUCCGAAACUCUAGCAGUUUUACAAAGCGUCAGAAACAACAAUACGACAUAUUGUGUGAUAACACUUGUCGUGCAGGGAAGUGUCCGAGCAGGGUAUGUUCCAGGUCAUGUGGCUGUCCCAGGACCUUGAUGUGCCGUUAUACGGGUCCAAGAAGGCGCUGGGCCGGAGACCACUGGUGUAAUAACCUAUGUCGAAGCGGCUCGCCUCUGUGUCGACGAACUCAUUGUGAUUGUCAUUAUGCCUAAUUCAUAUGUCUUUCCUUUUUUUUUACUAAAGAAUUCCAAACUUGAAUUAUUUACAGAGUGCAAUAUUUUUUUCUCGCAAUAAAAUAUAUACAUAUAUA